AUGGAGAAAUUAUUCAGGAACCAAAAGUUGAAUGUUAGCGUAAGAAUUGUUAAGAGUGGUGAGGAGGUACUGUUUUACGCAAAAGAUGUGGCGGAAUCUCUAGGGUACUCAAACCCUCAAAAAGCUAUCAGAGACAACGUUUGGAAGUCAAAUAAGGCAACGGUGAGAGACUUCCAAAGGGUACCCAGCCAGUUCACCUUGGAAAAAUGUCACCCACAAACAAUUUUACUAUAUGAAACAGGAUUAUACGAACUAAUUUUCAACUCGAGACUUCCAAUAGCAGAGGACUUUCAGGAUUGGGUAUUUAGUGAGGUGCUUCCAUCUAUUCGUAAAACAGGCUCAUACACACUACCGGAUAGAAGGUCACUCAGGUAUAACCAAAUGAUCCUCAUAAACGAAACGGACCUUCAUCAUACAGUUGUGAGUUACAUUAGGAACAACCACCCUAAGGCUGUAGUAAUACCCGGUCUUGGUGAGUAUCAGGAUACGGUGUCAAAGAGAUGUGAUGCCUGGAAGAAGGGCUAUAAGGGUGGUCAGCCAGAUCUCAUUAUAGAGAAUCCUAUGGGGGAGUACAUAGGAUUCGCAAUUGAAUUUAAGUCUCCUAAGGGCACUGGGAUUACAAGUGAGAAGCAAGCCUUAUGGCUCGAAAGACUGAGGGAAAUAGGGUACAUGACAAUGAUAUCCAACGAUCUGAUACAAAUCUGUAUCAGAAUUAACGAGUACUUCUCACUUAAGAAAAAAGUUAAAACAGUAAGGGUGAAAAAUGUAGUCAGCGAUGUAAAGCUGUACAAACAAAAGUUCACAUCACACAAGUACUAG